AUGCUUGCAGCGGUGGGUGAGCUCGAGAGUCUGAAAGUACAAAAGACAGAGGGCGUAAGUAAGAUUAUUUGCCAUCCCGGUUUCAGUCGUACUUCAUCGCUACUUACUUUGGUGAAAUGUGAUCUUCGCCACGGACACCGAUUGCGGGGCAGAGCGCCGGGUGUGGCUAAAACACUGGCCGAGCGCCUACAAGCCGAAAGUAAGGUAGAUCCUGAAGUCAGCAAACCGGUAAACAUUGGAUUCCCCUACCUGAAGCCUUCCCGAUCAGCACAACUGAGUGAGCGCUUAGCACAGUUGAAGAACCGCCGUAAAAGUCCCGAACUAGAAUGUUUAUCACGCGAACGAAAGUUGGACAUCAAUAUCGACCAGGUGCGAGAAGAAUGGCUACAGACCAGCGGUCCUUUCCACAUCCGUCGCAUCGCUGAGCAUUAUGGCGUAUUCAAGCAUCUCUUCGGCACGGCGUACUUUGUGCCACGCGCCGAACUUCGCAUACAUUUCGAAGCGACGGACGGAGCAUUGCAUCCAGUACGCUACGGUAACUUGUUGAAGCCCACCGAAGCCCAAUCUGCGCCGAGUGUGGAAUUUGACGGACGGUUUCAGUACGCUGGACCGGCGAAGACCGGCGAAAAUAAAAGCUGGUGGAGUUUACUGCUCACCAACCCGGACGGUCACUUCGAGGACGGAGAAAAGGAGUACUGCCAUUGGUUCGUAGGAAACAUACCGGAUGGAGACAUUAAACGCGGAGAAGUUCUGAUGCCCUAUCUACAACCAUUUCCACCAAAAGGAACAGGCUACCAUCGUCACAUUUUCGUGCUAUACAAGCAGGACGCAGGAAAGAUAGACCUCUCCGGCUAUAAGCUGUCGAAUCCGUACUCACUUCCCGAGCGUACCUUCCGCACGCUUGAUUUUUACCGUACACAUCAGGAACGUAUCACGCCAGUUGGGUUAGCAUUUUUCCAAUGCGAUUGGGACGCGACUCUGCCGGCGUUCUAUCAUGAGAAGCUCGGCAUGCGGCACCCGGUGUUUGAGUACGACUUUCCACGGCCGUACCUUCGCGAUCAGGAGUGGUUCCCGCUGCGCAAACCGUUCAAUCUUUAUCUGGACAAGUACCGUGAUCCUGCUCAAAUCCGGAAGGAGUAUCUUCUGCGCAAGCUGGCGAAGGCGCAUCCGUUUGAAGGACCGGAGCGACCCCUUCGGUUCCCGAAUGCCCAUUCCCUGCGCCACGACAUACCGUCGUGGCUGCGCACGGAAAUGAAAAAGGACCGGCUUGGUUGGGGUAGGAUCAAUGACAUCUAAACGAGUUCCAAGCGCCAGUUAGGGGUAGUCGUGUGUGAAAAUGUUUGAUUGAAAAACAAUAAA